UUUAAAAGCUGCUUGAAGUUCUGUUCUGAUUAGACUGCUUGCUGGUACUUGACAGGAAACCCCUGACGUAGACACUGACACGUUAAGACCUGCAAAGCGGCGUUUCAUUACCAACAAGGGCCAAUUCGUACACCAUGCGCCCAUCUGCGGUAUUGUUUUUUUUAACGGUCUUGGCUCCUGCCAACUGCUUCUUUGGUUGGUUUGCGACCAAGCCUGUGCCUGUGACUAACUCGGAAGCCGACGCGAAGGACUUUACCAAGGACGGGACGGUCGCCGUUGUUCCUUUUGAAAUGAAAACGGCUGAUGAAGAAUUCCUUAAGGAAGGAAAAAAGUAUGGCCUUCAACUGUCGACAUUGGACGUAUGCCACCACAAGGUGCUGCUUGGUUUGACAUCAUCAUGCUCGCAGCUCAACGAGGAGGACCUUGGGAAGCUGAGUGUAAAGCUGCUAAACUGUCAGUCAGCUGUUGAAGGGCGGCCUACAUUUCCUUGUACGGACGAAAUGUCUUUACGGCAAUGCACACAAGGCAUGGAUCAGCACACUUGGAACACCUACCACCUGAUCAGCAACCGUGCCAGGGCAGUCUGCUACAGCACCCGGCAGCAGCAGUUUUACGCCAAGACUGAAAUGACUGUCAACAAGUUGAUUUGGACCACUGACCAACAGGUGAAAGCAAUGGAUCAGCUGGAGCAGGAGCAGAAGAAAGUGAGUGCAUUGACGAGUCAGACGCUGGAGACCAUGUCCUCGGGCCAGAAAGCUCUGAUGCAGCAACAGGAGAAGCUGAAGAGCUCGCAGCAGAGUGUGCAGCACUUUGUGGCAGAAAACCUGAAGGAACUGAUGCUUGAGAAAGCUCUCAUUGCUGCUGGCCAAAGGGAGCUUGCCCAAAUGACCAACACCAUUCGCAAGAAGCUCGACGUUGCUAGCACUAUGAUGCUCUCCAAUGAACAACAGCGGCAAGUGAAUCAUCGAGAACUGCUGAAAGACUUAUCAGCUGUCCAGAAUUAUGCCAAGUUCUUGCAAGAAAGACUAGAACAAACAGCUCAAGUGGUCCUUAGUCGACAAGAAACUGCUGCCGUGCGCUUUGAGGAGACUCUGAGCAAUCUCGGCAAGAUCAACGCCAGCAUUGGUUAUGUCCAGGAAGUGAUAGACACGAUGCGAAAAGACGUCGACAGCAAGUUUGGUUGGUUGGUGCGGCUCCUGCACAGCACAGGUGACCAGCUGAGUGCCAUCUACUGCUGUGUCCUGCAUUGUGGCUACCUUCUGGUGGCCAUGUUUCUCGCUGCGUUCCUCCAGUUCCCGAUGGCGUCGCGAGUGUUCCUACUCUUCAGCGUGCCUGUCAACGCGGUCGCCAGCAUUCGGGAAAGUUGUGGCCUAGACUUUGGACCUCUCACUGUCUUGCUGGCCAUCUUCCUCGCAGGGGACAUGGCAUGCCAUGCCAUUCGAGGGUUCUGUCGGCGCCGCUCCUCUCGGCUUCCUGCUCUGGAUGCAAGGCCUGAUGAAAAUUUGUCCAGGACUGCAAAUGGCUUUACCAUGUACAGAAGUGAGGCAAUGUAUACCAAGGACAGUACAUGGCAUGAAGACAGGUGCCGCGUGUCAGGUGCCACGACACCACUGAGCGAUGGUGUGCAGAGAAUUUCCUCAAGACAUUGCAGCCGAGUGUCUGCUACAGGGUCGCGAAGCAGCACGCCACUGCUUGAAGAACGGCAGUCGACGCCUCCUGUCAGCGACACUGAGGAAGACAGCAGCAGUGCCAAUGUGUCACGCUGGCUGCUGAGAAAUGCUGAGGCUGGCACUAUGCCAGACAUAGUUCCAGCCACUUCAACUCCCGUGGCCAGCCCAGUUGACUCCUUGUUGCAGACAUCCAGAAAGGAGAAUGGACACUUGGCAAAGCAACAUCUGUUCUCCAGCUUUGAUAAGGGGUCUCGUCCUGGCUUUCGCGAUUCACCAGACAGGAGCUUUGCUUCGAAUACAUCAGUGUUAUCCAGUGGGUCUCGUCGCCGUUGUAGUGGUUUCAACAAAUCCGGUGUGCCCUGUAAAGGGAUUUGCGUCAAGGGACAAGAUUACUGUCAUCACCACUGCUAGUCACGUGUAUGGUCGACACUUACCAUACGAGCAUUCGUCAUGCUGUUCAGCUUUGCUAUACAUGUCACUUAUUUUCCUGUCGCUGACUGUCAUUGGCCCUAAAAUCAUUGAAAGCAUGGUAGUACUGCAUGGUUUUCCAUUUACAAUAUUGCGUGGUCACAGUUUAUGCUAUUGCUUUUAAAAUGUCCAUUGUUCUUUUAUCACUGCGCAUGUACAAAAAUGCCGUCAGAUGGAUAUUUAAACAAGUGUAUUGUAUCCAUGCAUCUGUGCAAAGCUGUCCAUGCAGGGGCAUUUUUCUAUUGCUAUUGCAAAGGAAUUUUUACUGUAUCGUGAAUGGGCAUUGUUCUGGGUCCCGUCAAAUAAUUAUUUUGCUCAAUUUUAUGUCCUUCACACAAAGCACUGUUGUCCUGCUGCUUUUAGAAUGAACUACAGUUAAACCUCGAUACAAUGAAAUUCAAUAUAAUGAAAUUGUCGCUAUAACAAAAUAUUCAACUUUUCAUAACCUCUUGUCCAUAGAAACCUAUGCAUGUAAAACCUCGAUAUACCGACGUGUGUUUAUAUGCCAUUUCAAUAUAACGAAAUUUCACUGCCGUCUCAAAGGAAUGCCGAGGCAAUAAAUGGAAACUUCCGCGGACACAGAUGGUCAAAUUAUUGAAUUACAAGCGGCUGUUUGCAAACGUACUCACCAACUGGGCAGAAGCCUGGAGG